ACAGUACUGAUUUGCUGAAUUCAUUCAUGACUGAAAGCAUAUCGGAUGCAGUGUCUCAUCUCGAAACAUUGCUUCAAGACUUGGACCAUUACAGUCAAGAUGCUUCAUUAAAUGCAGUGACGUCUAUAGUUUCCAGAAUCAUGGCUGAUAUUAAAUUUAUCAGAGAUGAAUACGAUAUGCGAAUCAUUGCUGAACAUGUACUGGAUUUCCCUGCAUUUCAAGACUUGUCAGAGUGUCUUGGAUGUAUUUCUCGUCAUCCAGAAUCUGAAAAUCGGGAUUUACUGUAUAUCCAGCUAUCGAUUCUGUUUCAUUUUGGACUAAGCACACCUAAUGUAUUUCGGCGAUUGGUGAGAGAUGACUGGAUACCUGUCCUAAAAGAUAUUUUAUUGCUUCCAGAUCUAGAUGUAAAAGUAUCGCAUGUAACUGUUUUAUUAUUUGACCAUUUAUGUCAAGUCCAUGAAAUGUCAUUGCAUGAACUAGAUAUAAUUGAUACGCAACUUUUGAAUUAUUUGUGCGAGUUGGUCGAAUCAUCACGAAACGAUAAUGAGUCGUUUAAUUAUGCAGUCAUUCGAUUACUGAUUACGUUGAAUGGCCAGCUUAUGAAAAUGCGAGGCUCUGUAGCUACACACGAUCGAUUCUUGAGGGUUUUAGAACAGCGAUUGAACCAUAGCAAAACUCUAACAGAGAAUCUUAUUUUUGUAUUCAACCGAGCAGAUACGCCCGAGCUUCAAUUGUCAAUCACUAUUCUACUGAUUGGAAUUUUUCAAUACACACCGACCCGAAAUUUGUUUUACACGAAUGAUUUGACAGUCAUUCUUGACGUUGGAAUAAGAGAAAUACAGCGAGUGCAUGACCAAAACGAAGAGUUGCUGCACGCACUUGUAAAGCUACUUCCUUUGGUUGUGGUUUCUGGAGCUUCGAGUACAUCACACAAGCAAGUUGUGAAUGUAUUAAACAAGUUGAACGAAUCAGCGUUUACCAAAUUGCCAACAAAACGACUUAUUCAGCGCGUAGUUGCAGAGUUGUCGCUUUAUGAUGGUCAUGAUCCGUGAUAAAUAUUCCAAUACAUUAAAUCAAAUAUAAAUUG